AUGGUUUCUAUCAAGUUAUCCCUUAUUACCGCCAUCAGUCUCCUCGGGGCUGUCAACGCCGCCCCAGCGCAUGUUGCAGAACACGGCGUGACUAACCCGAUUUCUAACGGAAUAUCUACCCGCGACAACGUCCUGCAAAAGCGAGCAUUUACUUGCUCAACUACGUCACCCUGCACCGCAGCCGACGUUGUUGGUUGUAUCAAGAAGUUGCGGGCUAUCGGCAAUGCCAACUGCAUUACGGGUCCCUUCCAAGAAUUUGAAGUAUGCCGAGAAGGUAGUUGUUCAUUCAUGGGAAAAAAUUUAGCCGGACCGAAGAGAAGGGUCACUUGUAGCGAUGUUGCUUCUGGAGCCGCUACUUUGUACAACGGUUGCAAAGUCAACAGUAUGGUUGGUGGUGUCGCCGAUGCUAGAGGAGAUAAUUCAGCCUUCGAAGUUACUGUAGCAUUGUAUAAGCCAAUGGCAUAG